GUGGGGUAUAAGCCAAGGUGAGGGUGGGUCUGGCAUCUCCUCUCACCCUCACCCACUCUGCCCUUCUCAGUGACCCUGGAGAGUCCUGCACCCCAUCAUUGCCCCCAUUGAAGCCCCAGGAGUCGGCACACGGGAAACACCUCGCUGAGGGGGGGCCCUGGGCUAUACCACCGGUUCCUGGGGUGGGGAGGCGUGUCCUGGUCCUUGGGUUGUAGAAAAGGGGUGAACUCAAUGGUUUGUCCCCCACAUAACGAAUGCAGGGAUGGGUCAUCCAGCCGGUAGGGUGUGAAAUAGCUUCUUCAGCCCCACCCACCGCGCCCCAGGGCCGACCCCCUCCCCCUCUCCAUCCCACUCUCCCGCCAACUGGGAAUCCUCCCUUCUAGGGCGUGGCUGCUGUCCAGGUGACGGAGCGGGGUGACAGGCAGCAGCCAUGGGGGUGAUAUGGUUGCAGGUUAGGCAGGAAAGGUCACCCCGGGAACCGAGCAGGGCAGGGCAGGGCCGCCCGGCAGGAGAUCGACCCGGGCAAAGGCCAGGUGGUGGUGGUGGUGGUGGUGAUGGUGAAGAGGGAGGAGGCCGGUGGGGCCGGAGGCCGUGGAUGACGGUGAGGGAGAGGAGGUCGCCGAGGCUGCCACCAGGGCGCGACACUCUGGAGGUGUCUGUUAAGAUGCUGCUCGCAGGGGCAUGGCCCUUCACAACCCCGGUGCUGGAAGCCUUCCGGCUCUUGGGGAUCACCAGAGGCUGGGAGGCAGGAAAUGAGGGGGGGUCCAGGAGAGUUGGCUGGGCCGCGCCGCACCCCCAGACGCAUCCCUGGCUCUCGCAGGCGCCCCCUCCCGAGGCCAGCAAGCGGUUCAUGCGGAAGGUUAAGAAGCUACGACUGGACAAGAACAGCACAGGAAGUCGGAGGAGCUUCUCGCUGCGUUCCGACGGCGCUGAGAGGAUGUCGGUGGGGGCCGAGCGGGUGGGCGCGGGCGACAUGGACCCGGCGGCCGUGCGCUUCCAGGUGCCCAAGCACUCGUGGGACGGGCUACGUAACAUCAUCCACGGCAGCCGCAAGCACUCGGGCCUCGUCCUCAACAAAGCCCCCCACGACUUCCAGUUCGUGCAGAAGACGGACGAAGCCGGCCCCCACUCCCACCGUCUCUACUAUCUAGGGAUGCCCUACGGCAGCCGGGAGAACUCCCUCCUGUACUCCGAGAUCCCUCGAAAGGUCCGGAAGGAGGCCCUGCUGUUGCUGUCCUGGAAACAGAUGUUGGAUCACUUCCAGGCCACGCCGCACCACGGGGUGUACUCGCGGGAGGAAGAGCUGCUGAGGGAGCGGAAGCGCCUGGGCGUCUUCGGCAUCACCUCCUACGACUUCCACAGCGAGAGCGGCCUCUUCCUCUUCCAAGCCAGCAACAGCCUCUUCCACUGCCGCGAUGGCGGCAAGAACGGCUUCAUGGUGUCUCCCAUGAAGCCACUGGAAAUCAAGACCCAGUGUUCGGGGCCACGCAUGGACCCCAAGAUCUGCCCUGCCGACCCCGCCUUCUUCUCCUUCAUCAACAACAGCGACCUGUGGGUGGCCAACAUUGAAACGGGAGAGGAGCGGCGACUCACCUUCUGCCACAGGGGCCUGUCCAAUGUCCUGGAUGACCCCAAGUCUGCAGGGGUGGCUACCUUCGUCAUCCAGGAGGAGUUCGACCGUUUCACGGGAUACUGGUGGUGCCCCACAGCCUCCUGGGAAGGUUCCGACGGCGUCAAGACGCUGCGGCUCCUGUACGAAGAAGUGGACGAGUCGGAGGUGGAGGUGAUCCACGUGCCGUCGCCCGCCCUGGAGGAGAGGAAGACGGACUCAUACCGCUACCCCAGGACAGGUAGCAAGAACCCCAAGAUUGCCUUGAAGCUGGCUGAAUUUCAGACCGACAGCGAGGGCAAGAUCAUUUCAACGCAGGAGAAGGAGCUGGUGCAACCAUUCAGCAUGCUGUUUCCCCGGGUGGAAUACAUCGCCCGGGCCGGCUGGACCCGAGAUGGCAAAUACGCCUGGGCCAUGCUCCUGGACCGGCCCCAGCAGCGACUGCAGCUGGUGCUGCUACCCCCGGCGCUGUUCAUCCCGACCCCGGAGAGCGAGGAGCAGCGGGCCGCGUUCGCCAGGGCCGUGCCCCGGGACGUCCAGCCUUACGUCGUGUACGAAGAAGUCACCAAUGUUUGGAUCAACGUGCACGACAUCUUCUACCCCUUCUCGCAGCCUGAAGGCCAGGAGGAAUUCUGCUUCCUCCGUGCCAACGAAUGCAAGACUGGCUUCUGCCACCUCUACAAGGUCACAGCCCUCCUGAAGCCCCACGGCUAUGACUGGGCUCAGCCCCUCCGGCCCAGUGAGGAUGAAUUCAAAUGCCCCAUAAAGGAGGAGGUGGCCCUGACCAGCGGCGAAUGGGAGGUUUUGGCAAGGCACGGUUCCAAGAUCUGGGUGAACGAGGAGACCAAGCUGGUGUACUUCCAAGGUACGAAGGACACGCCGCUGGAGCACCACCUGUACGUGGUCAGCUACGAGGCAGCCGGCGAGAUCGUGCGCCUGACCACGCCCGGCUUCUCCCACAGUUGCUCCGUCAGCCAGAACUUUGACAUGUUCGUCAGCCAUUACAGCAGCGUGAGCACACCGCCCUGUGUGCACGUGUAUAAACUCAGCGGCCCCGACCACGACCCCCUGCACAAACAGCCCCGCUUCUGGGCCAGCAUGAUGGAGGCGGCCAGCUGCCCCCCAGAUUACAUACCCCCCGAAAUCUUCCACUUCCACACGCGGUCGGACGUGCGGCUGUACGGGAUGGUCUACAAGCCACACUCCGUGCAACCCGGCAGAAAGCAUCCCACCGUGCUGUUUGUGUACGGGGGCCCGCAGGUACAGCUGGUCAACAACUCCUUCAAAGGCAUCAAGUACCUGCGACUGAACACGCUGGCAUCGCUGGGCUAUGCCGUGGUCGUCAUCGAUGGCAGGGGCUCAUGCCAGCGGGGGCUACGCUUUGAAGGGGCCCUCAAAAACCAGAUGGGCCAGGUGGAGAUUGAAGACCAGGUGGAGGGCCUGCAGUUUGUGGCUGAAAAGUACGGCUUCAUCGACCUCAGCCGCGUCGCCAUCCACGGCUGGUCCUACGGAGGCUUUCUGUCCCUUAUGGGGCUCAUCCAUAAGCCCCAGGUGUUCAAGGUGGCGAUCGCGGGUGCCCCCGUCACUGUGUGGAUGGCAUACGACACGGGGUACACGGAGCGCUACAUGGACGUCCCAGAAAACAACCAGCACGGCUACGAGGCGGGCUCCGUGGCCCUACACGUGGAGAAGCUGCCCAAUGAACCCAACCGUCUGCUCAUCCUCCAUGGCUUCCUGGACGAAAAUGUACAUUUCUUCCACACAAAUUUCCUUGUGUCCCAGCUGAUCCGAGCCGGGAAACCUUACCAACUCCAGAUCUACCCCAAUGAGAGACACAGUAUUCGCUGCCCGGAGUCGGGUGAGCAUUAUGAGGUCACGUUGCUGCACUUCCUGCAAGAGUACCUGUGAGUGCGCGCCCGUGGCCUCCACCUCAGCCCGCCCACCCGCCUGGGGCCUCCACAUAGAGCACAAGGGGCUGCAGCCACCACCGCCACCACCACCGCCACCAGGGACCGGGCGGAUGGACUGAGAGAGCCGGCCCUUCCCACCGGCCGCCCGACAGCCCUGCAACCCGGAGGAGCCACCGCCUUCGCUGCCCCGAAGCCUUCCAUCACCCGCCUGCAAUCCGUUCCGCUUGCUGCUGCUGCUGCUGCUGCUGCUGCUCGGUGGUCGGUGACCGGCAGGGACAGCGGCCAAGUGGGGCCAUGGGCGCCACCCCUUCCCUGUCCCCACCACCUUUCACCAGAAGAAGGCUGGAGCAGAAGAUGCCUGAAGAACCCAGGCCCCUGGUCUGCCCCGUGGCCCCUCAGUGCCCCCCACAACCCGGCCCGCCGCCGUCCCCAGCUCGGAAGCAUGCAAUGAUUGCCUGUCCCCGCCAGCCCCCCGACUUCAAGUGUGUGCUUUGCUUGCGGGGAGGGGGAUAUUUUAAGUAAUUACUUUAAAGUAAGGGGGUGCCUCAGUUUAGAAUCAGGGGCUGUGGUGGGACUCUGGCCCCCGAAGGCCCUGCGGGAGACAGCUGCAGACCAAGGCACCCGAGCUGCUGGGGCUCCCCCGUUCCCCCCCGCUCUGCCUGUCAGCAGCCACGGCCCCCAGCCCAGACCCCGGCCCCCCACACCUGCCCGUCCAUGCCAGGGAUUCCGGGGCUUGGGGGGGGCCUGAGGUCACUCCCACCUCAGAGCUGCUUUCCCUUCCCCCCCCCAAGAAUUCAGGCAAAAAAAAAAUUUAAGAUUCCCCCCACCCCCCAAAAAAAACAAAUCCUCUCUACAUAUCAUGGAAAGAAAAUAUUUUUGUCGAUUCUUAUUCUUUUAUAAUUAUGCGUGUAUGAAAUAGGACUCAUUAAACGAUUCCACAUGGACAAA